CGUCGUUUAGUUGGCUGCCGAGCCCCCCAGGUCCCGUGACCCCUCAUGACAGCUGCUCUGGACGAUUUCGAAACUAAAAUCAAAUCGACCUGAUCUCCGUUAGCCAUGAAGAUCGGGGGUCUGCUGCUCCUGACUGCACUGCUGUGCCGAGGGUCACAGGCAAAACUCAGUGUGCACUCAUCAGAGUCAAACACCAUCGCCCUGCGAGACUCCCACGUUGUGCUCCCCUGCAGCUUCUUAGUCACACCGGGCUCCAUUGACCUCAGACGCCUGACUGUCUCCUGGUAUCAGUAUGGGUUCUUGGUCGCCAAGUUUGCCAAUGGAGAGGUCACGGCGAGACAGGAUGCCAGUCUGUUUGAACCAAACCUCUCACAAGGAAACGCCUCGCUGCUCCUGAAAUCCAUCGUGAAGCGGGACGAGGGGCAGUACGAGUGUGAAGUGACACAUGCAGGGGAGAAAGGGUCAGCCAGCCUGGCUCUGACCAUCCAAGUUCCUCCUGAGGUUCUCUUGCUCCCGGAGUCAGUUCAUCUGCUGGAGGAGCACCAUAUGACCUGCUCUGCCAAGAACUUCUAUCCAAAAGAGAUCCGAUUCAUUUGGACGAGGAGCGGAAAGGCUGUCUCACCAUUAAACACUGCAGAGCCAAGCAUGAACCCUGAUGGCACCUACAACUCCGAGAGUGUCUACAGCUUCACACCAACCAGCCGGGAUGACCUGACCUGUGAGGUGGAGCACCAAGCCCUGAAGGAGACGGCGAGGAGAUACGCCAGGUAUAUGGGGCUGACCGUCACGGAGGUCACACUGAUGGUGUUUGCGGUCUUUACUUUCCUCCUCAUUCUUCUCGCUGUCUUCUGGUUCUUCUCAGUGUCCCUGUCACCUCUCGUCCCCCUCAAGCUGGUCCAGGGUGACAUCGGGUCAGUGAAGUGCAUCCUCACAGGCUGGAGACUUGGACUGGUCACUCAGCAGUGGUUUAUCAAUGACCAGGAGGUCAAAGUGGACAAUCAGCAGAGAGACUGUGAGGAUGUCACCUCAGUGCCCCUAAAUAGCCCCUCUGAUUACCGUCUGAAGACAGACCCUCCCAAGAAAGGCUUCUUUAGGACAGAGACCCCUGUGACCCUGCAGUUUCUACCGACCCGAGCUGACCAUGAGGGGGCAGUGUGCAGGUGUCGUGUCCGUCAUCGGCUCACCCGGAGGAGCAUUACACAUUACAACGAAUAUCCACUCGACCUCAACUCUCAGACAUCGAGAACGUCUCUCAGGACUCGGACACCGACGUGAAGCUGCAGGUCAGAGUGGACGAGUUCUAC